CUCCCCCGCCCCGCUGUGCUGGGUGCGCCGCAGGCUGCUGCUCUCUGGGCCUGCUCCCCCCUCGCCUGCGAGGCGACCCUCGGUGCGCCCCGGGUUCAAAGGCCCCGCGCUACAGCUCCAGCCCCUCCGGGGGGCGGGGAGGCGAAGGGGGUGGUGCGGGAGCCAGAAAAGCUGGAGCCCACAGCCGGCCAGCCCUGCGCAGGGAUGGGCAGCUUGCUCUGAAGUUUGUGACCGCCGCAGCCAACUCCUGGACGGAGCCGGGACGCAGCGAGCUAGCUGCCGGCCUCGAACCCCCACAGCUGGAGGACGAGGCCCGCUGUGUCCUGCUCGAGCGCCCUUCCGCAGCCACAGGCGUCUGUCCUCCUGGCCCGGUGCUCCCACGCCUGAUCGGGGUUCAUGGAGCUGGGGCUGUGGCUCCUUUUCGGGUUCACAGUAACCUCCGCCGCAGGAUUGGUGCCUCGCCCCCAGCCUGGAGAUGCUGGCAGGAGCGGGGUACCCCGGGCCGCCCCUGCAGCCGGAUCUGAGGGGGACAUUGAGGAGACUGUGGCCGCGAAAGCAGCACAAGAUCCAAGCCCCGGAAGCCCUGGGCAGGAGCAGGCGGCCGAGGGGGCCCCUGUGCGCGGCCGAGCCCGGCGCUGCACAUGCUUCACCUACAAGGACAAGGAGUGCGUCUACUACUGUCACCUGGACAUAAUUUGGAUCAAUACCCCCGAGCGGACCGUGCCUUAUGGACUGUCCAACUACAGAGGAAACUCCCGUGGCAGAAGGUCCGCAGGGCUGUUUCUGCAGAGCCCCCAGCGCCUGAAGUGGACACCACGCUGUGCUUGUGUGCAGGGUGAUGACAGGGCCUGUGUGCUCUUCUGCGCCCGAACUCUGGCUGUUGGCAGGUAUUCAGGGGCAGCAGAAAAACUGGACCAAGAAGAAUUGACGGCCAGCGGUGCCGACGGAGGCCAGCGUCCAAGGAGGUUGAAGUCAAGGGCAGACAGAGCAAGUAGGCAUUAGACCUCCACCAUCCAAUGCCUGCCUGGCAGUGGUCCUCCCUGCGCCGCCCGCCCACUGCCCCAGACUCUCAGGAGCCCCUUGGGAGAGGAGGCCGCAGCAUCCUGUGUUAGGAAGGCCUCAGCUUUGCUCCAACACAGUUCACAUUCCCACAUCUUUGAAGACAAAGAAUGAGUUCUGCCUGGGGGAGAAAACCCACCCAAAGGGUCCUCACCUAAGAGUUCAUCCCUGCACCAAGAAUGCCCCAAACCAAAAGGCUGGGGUUCCCCUAAUGGGGAAAAUGAUCGCAGAUGUGCCCUGGGGCCUGUUGCCUGAGGCUCGGGUUUCAUGCAGGAAAUUGGUUCGGGAGAGGUACAGCACGUUGCAAAGCCAGUUGCUGGCUUUCAACUAGAGUUUUCGACUAGACAUUUGCGAACUCCUUGCAAACGUAAACACGUGUCCAACUUGAAUCGCUGCUGCGAGCGGAAGCAUGCUGACCGCGGGAUCCUAAUGGAUCAUAGGUGCGACGUGGGCUAGUGUGGGCCGCCAGGCAGCGGCGGCAUUAGACAUGGACUCCAGCUGUACAGGAGUUGAUGAGCUUGAGGAUAUAGACAGAAAGUUUCAGCUGUGCUUGGUACCCACCGGAAGAAUGUAUCUCAAAAAAAAAAAAAAAAGAAACCUUGAUGUUUGUGACAAGAAAAUGAGAAAAUUCCUAGCUGUGGGUCUUCUUGAGCUCGGAGACAGGCAGCAGCCUGCCUGCACUUGUCCAGCUGACUAACGUUCUGAGCCCCCCGCAGACGGCCACUUCCCUGCACCAAACGCCUUGUCCCCAUGAAGCCGCUGGAAAGGCAGCCCCAGCUCAAGGCUAUGAGGAGGAAUCUCAUAUUUGGUUUCGUGAAUAAAUGUGGAUCUUUGGGGGAAUGGCUUCAAAAUAAGCCACACACGCGAAGUCUUUGUAAAUUAUGUAAAUUUCUAUUUAUCUGUAUAAAUGGCAACAACUGGGAAUUGUAAUGACUGACGGUUCACGGUCGCUUUCAGCUGCGCUCUUACAGCCAUGCUGAAAUGACUGUGAGUGUCAAAGGGUGAUGCGGCCUGUGAGGUCAUCGUGGGGGAGAGGCCACUCACCUCCUCACCUCCAUCCCCCCACCCUUCCCCGAUGCCAGAGAAAUGGGAACCAGCAUUUGAGUGCGAGCAAGGUCACGAUGUGGGGAAAUUUAAGAUGGUGAAUGACAGCGCUGGCCUUGACUAAAUGUUAAAGUCCCUGUAUUUCAUAAGUUAUUCCAGGUAUAAAAGUGAAUAUCAACCCCAAAGAAACGGAAGGGAUUUGCUGGCAGAAUCGUGUGCAGUUUAGAGAAGCGAUUAUUUAUUGCAAAACUAUUCUCUCCUCCAACUCCUUUAUGUGGCUCUGUUAAAAGUAAAGCACUGUAUGUAGGGAGUUUUUUUAAAUUGGGUCCCAAAUCCAAGCUUGUAUUCCUCAGAGCUUGAAUUACAUUUUUAAAACGCAUAUGCACGGCUGGGCUCAGUGGCAAGAUGAUAUCUCGGUGAGAAAUCCAGAUGCUAACACUCAGAAAAUACUAACUGUCAAAUGCAUA